CCAGUGUCGGUCCUUCUUUAACUAUCCUUCGUUUCGGUCAGCUGUCGAUCGGUAAUUAAUCUGCUCUUUCCUGCGCUCUGUCUACCGUCCGCAACCAAGCACUCGGAAUUUUGUCUAACCGUCCGGACGGCCCUAUUCUGUCCGUGCUACGUGCAACCGAGGCGCCUGUUCCACGUGCUAGCUGACGGGAGCUGAGUGUCGUCUCUUGCGCUCGGUGCUUCUUGCGUGUAAUCCUAACUCAGGUUCCGACUACCAUACAAGCGCGGAGGCAAGGCGAACCAAGUGCUCUGGUAUAUGAGCAAGUUCUUGACAUCUGUUUAUCGGAAUCCCGCAAAAUGUGGGCCGAAAUUAAUGGAGAGCGAAAGAAGGUUGCAUGCGGUCCCUGCAUCCGAGGUCACCGCUCGUCCAAGUGCGAUCACAGAGAUCGCGUUCUCAUCGAGGUCCGCAAGCCUGGUCGCCCUUUGAGCAGCUGUCCUCACCCAAGUGGUUCGUGUAGCUGCGAGAGAGUUGUCAUCAGUUACACCAUACCAAAGUCCUCUGAAUGCGCUUGUCCAUCCGCUUGUCCAUCCGCUCGAGCGCAACCAGCUGGGUCCGUCGCUGGCGCCAGCAGCCGCGUGCAGAAGAGCCGACAUCGCAAGUCCAUUGUUUCCAUCAAUCCCGCAACGUUGGAAAAGGCCGUCAAGGCGAGCGAGAGCAACGAUGCCGAUUCGCCCUCCUUGAUAUCGACAACCCCCACUAACCCUUCAUUCGCACCGUCCGAUGGCAGUAGAAGCAAUGGAGCAUCUCUUCCUUCCAGCGCUAGUUCGACCCCCUUCAUCCAGCCCUCUCCGAUACGAAAACAAAGCCAGCCCUCAAUAAUACCGCUUCCCGAAGCUCACGUUCCCCGACCAAGCACUUCCGAUUCUCAGCCAGUUUCCGAAUGCUGUAGACGGAAAGCGUCCCCCACAGACUCCCUUCGACAGAUCCAACGUGAGCCUGGGAGUUGCUGUAGCGUGAGUACGAGUGAGGCCGUGCAGCCGAUGGAAGUAAAGCAGUCCUGUUGUUCCGGAAAAAUACAAGGAGUGUCGGUUAAUAAUACACCUGCACUGGACACAUCCCAAGUCUUCAGUCAAGACUACGCACAGUUCUCGAGUUUCCAGCAGAACGGGCAGUUCCAUAAUCAGUCAUUUUCGAUAGAUCAGAACUUUGGGUACAACAGCUCCGGCCACAUGGAUAUGGCUGUACCGUUCGGCUUCACAACUCCAAUAUACAACCACAUGGCGCACACCUUCCCGCAGCCGCACCAGAUGGCUCCAGCACCAAUGCACCACAUUGGCCAAGUGGCUGGCAACCCUGGACCCGAGCAUAAUUGUCACUGUGGCGACUCCUGUACCUGCUUUGGGUGUGCAGCCCAUCCAAAGAACGCGACUAUGAUAGACUAUGUUCGCCGAAUGCAUGAGCUUAUGAGUGGAACUCUAGGGAGCUUUCCUCAACCAACGUACGACAUACCUUCAUACCCGCAUCAUCCGGGAUACGGGGCGGAAGCGAAUCAAGGCAUGGCUUUCAACCUGCCGGCCGCACACUUUGGACAUUUUGGCACUGCGCAGGCACCAUACCAAGUCAACAUGAACGGGGCUAUGAGCGGGCAUAGUAUGCAUUUGGAUACAACCACCUCAUAUCACGCAUCGAUUCCACAAACCCUCCAACACAGCCCAACCCGACCACUUCAGUACCGCUCCACAAUGGAUGCUCCACAGGCUCCACCACUGCCGGUGAAGACAGAGGAGCCUGCCUCUAGCCCUCGUAUUGAUGCCGACAGCCCGAAGGAGGACGACACUUCAACACUUUCACCGACAUCGUUCUUUUGGCAAGAAGUUACGCUGCCCGGUUGCAAUGAUGAAACUGGGACAUGCCAGUGCGGCGACGGCUGCGAGUGUGUGGGCUGCUUGACACACGGAGGACAUAACGGCGUGUCUCUGGACACCGCAGCGUCUGGCGAGCAGCACCUCUUUAACGACUUCAUGGCAGGCAGCGGAGAUGGUCACAUGACGCACAACUCAUGACCGGCGGAUUCUCGGAGACCUCGACUUGAUACUUGUUCUCUUUCUUCAGCCGGAUACUGCAUCCUCUGGAAUGCCUUCUCUUAUCCUGCGUGCGAGUGUUUAUAUAGGUUGGUGUUUAUGUGGGCUAUGCUCUGGCACAAGUACAACGACGAACAUAUCUUGGAAGGCAUGUUUAGAGGAGGCCAUUUGGCAUGGUCAGCAAGCAUACUUGGGAGAAGACAUACGACUCGACUGGCAUAUUUCGGGGGGUUCUCUUACCAGUACCUCACUUUGACUUGGGCACUGGUCCUGCUCCUUUCUUGCUCUUUUUGGAACAUAUUUUAAGACACUUGCAUUGAGAUACCCCAGUGCUGCAUUACGGCACAGAGUUAUCCAUCUAUUCUCUACUCUUCCCGUAUACCCUCUCCACUUUAAAG